UUGUGGAUAUUGACCUUCAGAGACCCGCCAAGGAAAAAAAUUGUGGAAUAGGAUGCCAAGGGAUUAUGACAAACGCCCUCGAUCAAGAUCUCAUGACCGAUACAGGGAUCGUAAUGAUAAUUGUGAGCGUUCUCGUAAACACCGAGAAGACUACCAUCGAAGAGAUCGCGACCACGGAUACGAUUGUGAUGAAAGAGAUGUAGAAAGAAGCCGAUACCGACAUGAAAAAGAAAAACGCAGAGACCGUGAUAGUCGACGAAGACAUGAACAAAAUCAUAACGACGAAAGAUGGAAGCGUCGUACACGCUCUAGGAGCCCCAUGCCUACAGCUGAAACAGAAACCGUGGAGUAUGAAGAGGCAGAACCAACUGAACCUGUAACCGAAGAGGAGGCAGAAAUGAUGCGCACUAUGGGUUUCUGCAAUUUCGGCACAACAAAAGGAAAGCAUGUUAUUGGUAACAGUGUUUAUGUGGCAAACAUAGCAAAACAGCGAAAGUAUCGUCAGUACAUGAAUCGUCGUGGAGGUUUCAAUCGUCCGCUCGAUCCAGUUGCUUAAACAUUAUGAUAUUUGUAUAUAUUCUCUUAAAACCUGUCAAAACGCACUCAACAUAACGAGAUGUAUUGAUAGGAAGUAUAACUCGUACAUUUACUAAAAUUGUAAUGUUUAUUUCACAAAGUAAGAAGGGCCA